CCUUAUUCAGAUUUUCUACGACAAUGGCGUUGUCAGUGUCGGACAGACUGCUCCACUGUCUUGUACUCAGCGUCUGUUGUACAUCAAUACACGCCGUGCCCCGACUAGCGUCGUACAACGUUGACGGAGCCAAGGUGUCAGUGUCGGGCAUCUCCUCUGGCGCGUGUAUGGCCACCCAGUACCACGUUGUGCACUCCAGGGAGGUCAUGGGAGCUGGCAUCAUAGCUGGAGCCCCCUUCAUGUGUUCCGGGGGACUGGCUGCCACGGCGCUAGGGACGUGCAUGAUGACUCCCACCCGGAUCAGCGUCACCGCCCUCGAGGCCAUCACGUCAUCAGGAGCGUUGUUUGGUAACGUCGACGCCACCUACCACAUGAGGAACGACCGGGUGUUCAUCUUUGACGGCACCAGAGACUCUGUAGUGAACCCAGUCGCUGGUCAGAAGGUGGCUCAGUACUACAGCCAUUACAUGACCAGCUCUCACAUCAAGACGGUGUUCAACAUCAACGCCGAACACGGCAUGCCGACCUUGAACUACGGUGGAGCAUGUGAUCAACUGAACUCGAAAACCUACCUCAACAACUGUAACUACUCCGCCGCCUUCCAACUCCUCAACCACAUCUACGGCGGACUUCAGGCACCAAACUCAAAGAUACAAGCAAAUGGACAGCUUUUACAGUUCAACCAGGCUGAUUUCUUUCAUUUGGCGCUUCCGUCCGCCUACAGCAUGGACAAUGUUGGCUACAUCUAUGUUCCGAGUGGAUGUGCCAACAAGCAACACAAAUGCAAACUGCACGUUGCGUUCCAUGGAUGUAAAAUGGGAAGGAUGUUUGUGGGUGAGGAGUAUGUACGCCACGCAGGUUACGACGAGGUCGGCGACCUGAACAACAUCAUCAUCCUGUACCCGCAAGUAAUCUCGACGGCGACGAACCCCCAGGGCUGCUGGGAUUGGUUCGGGUACACUGGGUCUCUGUUUGCAACCAACAAAGGAUUCCAAAUGACAGCUGUCCGUCGUAUGGUAUCACGUAUCAUGGGGUCUUCAUCUUCAGUGCUGGGUUAACACGGACACACUGGGCGUGACGGCUCUAAUGCUGGCCGACUUGAAAAACAAAUACAACAUCAGACUUUGUUAUGUUUAUUCCAAAGGUUCCAUGUCCAAUGUAAAUACAUGUAUGAUGUGUGAUGUUAUACGACACUAAAGGAUGAUACAUUGCA